AUGGCUGUAAAGCAAGAGACGGCGCAAAGGCCGCAUGGCUACCAUUUUGGAGGACCCUGGGGUACCUUUGGCAUCUCUAUUGUCCUCCCAAUUCUCGUUUACAUUUUCGCUUUUGCCUGCAACGACAUUUCCGGCUGCCCCGCCCCUUCUCUCCUCAGCCCUAAAACUCUGACUCUCAGCCAGCUCAAACGCGAAGUCGGGUGGCCUGAGGAGGGAAUCUGGGGCCUUGGAAGUGUCAAGGUCACUGGUGUUGUUGUGGGAUACUACUUUUUCAAUGCACUGCUGUACCGUUUCCUUCCUGCUACCGAGUUGGAAGGCGUUCAACUUGCUUCUGGUGGCAAGCUAAGGUAUCGCUUCAACUCCUUCGCCUCUGGCAUGUUCAUUCUUACCCUAUGUCUUGCUGGUACCAUCGCCCAGGGUGCCGAGUUCCCUGUUUGGACCUUCAUCACCGACAACUAUAUUCAGGUUGUCACUGCCAACAUGUUGAUCGCCUAUGCCACUGCGACGUUUGUCUACGUGCGAAGCUUCAGCGUAAAGCCAGGCAACAAGGAGAACCGUGAGCUGGCCGAGGGCGGACAGACAGGUAACCUGGUUUAUGACUGGUUCAUUGGACGGGAGCUGAACCCCCGCGUUACCAUUCCCAUCGUUGGCGAAAUUGACAUCAAGGAGUUCAUGGAGGUUAGGCCAGGCCUUCUUGGCUGGUCCUUGGUAAAUUUUGCCUGGAUGGCCCAGCAGUACCGUACAUACGGCUUCGUCACCAAUAGCAUCAUCUUCAUCUCCGCUGUUCAGACGAUUUAUGUCAUCGACUGCUGGUGGAACGAGCCUGCGAUUUUGACCACGAUCGACAUCAUCACCGACGGAUUCGGUUUCAUGCUCGCGUUUGGCGACGUUGCUUGGCUCCCGUUCAUGUAUUCGCUCCAGGCGAAGUACCUUGCUGUCUACCCUGUCUCAGUUAGCCCGCUCGGUAUGGCUGGAAUUUUUGGCGUCAUCGGAUUCGCCUUCUUCAUCUUCCGCGCGUCCAACAGCCAGAAAAACGCGUUCCGCAACAACCCCAAUGACCCUAGUGUUUCCCACCUCAAGUAUAUCGAGACGAAGGCAGGCACUCGCCUCCUCGUCACUGGCUGGUGGGGUGUUGCCCGCCACAUUAACUACCUGGGCGAUUGGCUGCAGUCGUGGCCGUACUCCCUGCCUACCGGCAUGGCCGGAUAUACUAUUGUCUCCGCCGGCAGUGGAUUUGUGCAGUCUGGUGUUGAGGGAGCGUUUAAAAUGGCUGACGGCCGCGAGGUGAUUCAAGGUGAUGCGCGCGGAUGGGGAAUCCCGAUUACGUACUUCUACGUCCUCUAUUUCGCGAUCUUGCUUAUUCACCGGGAUCGUCGGGACGAUGAGAAGUGCUCGCGCAAGUAUGGUGAUGACUGGGAGAAGUACAAGAAGAUUGUCAAGUGGAGAAUCUUGCCUGGCAUCUAUUAA